UGAAAACAUUUUUCAUUCCGUGUGAAUAAUGGAGCAAAAAUUGAAAAUUUGUGAAACUGUACUUAAGUGCAACAAAUCCUAGAGUUGCGCGUUAAUAUAAAGAAAAAAGAAAAAGUACUUUCAAUACCCCACUCCUUUCGAACGGGAUUACAAUUGUCACACGGUAUCCAAUAGAUACAUGACAAACAGCAACAACAACAGCAAUAGAAGACUAUAAGCAAAGAAUAUAUAUUUUUUUUUGAACAGCAAUAAAAUCACUUCAGGAAAAAUCAAUAAAGCCGUGUUGAAAUUACCGCCCGACGAAACUAAAGGAAAAACUACAGAGCUACGAGGAGAUAUUAGCUGCUGUCAGUAUUACUGUACCCAAAUCCAGGCCAAUUUAAUAGAAAAAAACCAACGUUGGAACAAAAUUGAAUCAAUAUAAAUUAUUUAUAAAAAUAAAUGUUUAAAAAUAUAUAAAUCAAAUAAAAAUACGGUAAAAAUAAUGAUUGAUUUAAACAAAAUGUGAUAGCAUUUCUACUUCGUGUUUAACGUGUGUGAAUUUAUAAAUCAUUUGAAAUUUUAUUAAAAAAAUAUCUUCUUAUAAUUAAUUUGUAAAUUUAUGGUGGUUAAGAGUGCAUAAAUACAUAUAUCUUAGAGCAUAAACACGCAAAUGAAGUGGAUGGUGGAGUCUUACUUAAAGUCAGUCGAAUCAACUUAAAACGUUUUAUGUGCAAUCGUUCAAAUCUCAGUUGAAUUUAUGGAUUAAAUAUGGAUAUUUCAAUUAUCACCUCUUCUAUUUCCACAACGUUUUCUACAGUAUCUACAAUUUGGUUGAAUUCCAUAUUACCACAUCAAUUCUUGCUACAACAAAAAUGACGUCCAAACAAAAAAGUGUAAAGUAUCUGAAUGUAAAACACACGCUCAAAGCUACUAAGAAAAAUAUCGCAACCUAAAGCAACUCAAAGCAACCAGUAAUGUUGAGGGUCUAAAUCAGAUCAACAAUUCCUGCAAUAAAAAAUUGCAAGCCAUUUUUUAUUUUAUUAAUUAUUGAAUUACGCCGUCAAGGCAAAAAAACUCAAAAUUAAACGCAACAAUAAAAAGCCCUAUAACGGCAGUUAUUUGAUGAAAAACAUGGAUAAGAAUGUUGGUGACGCGGAUUGCAAAUCAGGUGGCGGCAGUGGGAAAGCCGGCUCUAGUGCCAGUGGGGGCGGUGGAGCCGGUGCACAUGAUCCCGCUGCGUUAUUAGAUGCAGCCUCUUUAUUUGCGUAUUGGGGAAGAGAUCCUGCAACAGCAGCAGCCGCUGCCACAAAUCCACUUUUCAGUUCACAAUUUAAUGCAGCUGCAGCGGCGGGACUGGGUUUAUUGCCGAGUCCAUCAGCAGCAGCUGCAAAUGAUCGCUACUCAAUGGCGGCUGCAGCAGCUGCAGCUGCAGGACAUCACCAUCAGAAUACAAUGGCAGUGGCAGCUUCACAGGCAGCUAGUUUAGCAGGUCUGCAUCCAGCAAGUUGGUGGUCAAUGGCACAGUUAGCAGCACAGGAUUAUUUUAGUCGCUUACAAGCAUCCGGCUUGUCGCCAUUCACUCAUCCGGAUUUAUCAGCUUUUGGUCCCUCUGCACUUGGUCUAAGUGGUAAUGCAGGCAGUGCUACGGGUGGUUGUGGAUCAGGACCAAAUGGUUCGGGUAUGAGUUCUGGUGGUGCAGGUGGCUCAGGUGCUGGCAGUGGUUCUUCCUCAAGCAGUAGUAAAUCAAGUAAAUCUCGUAAAGAAAAACGUCAACAGCAACAACAACAGCAGCAGCAGCAACAACAACAACAACAGCAACAACAAAAUUUAGCAAAUAGCUUAAAUGCCGCUGCGGCAGCAGCAGCAGCUGCCGCUGCAGCUAAUCCAGCAGCUGCUCUAGCUGGUAUGCAUGGUUUAGUUGGUGCUGGAACAACAAUAACACCUUCUGCAACUAUGACUAGUGGUGGUGGUGGUUCCAGCAAUUCAUAUAAAUCAAACUCAAGUGGUUAUGGUAAAUCGUCUAUGUCUGGCAGUUUGAAUACGAAUCCUGGAUCAGCUUACGAUCCAGUUGUUUUGCACAAAGAGUUGAUGGCAAUGCAAGUGGCCGCAGCUGCUGCUUCGUCUGGAGCUAGUGGUAGUGGAUCAUCAAGUUCCUCGUCAAAUAAGAAAUCAUCCCAUUACUCACAGUCACAACAGGGUAGCGGAGUUGGACUUUCCUCUUCCGGCAGUAAUAGCUCGAAUAAAUCUCUUUCAUCUAACAACAAUAGUAUGCAUCAUUUAGGUGGCGGUGGUUCUAGUAUAAAUAAUUCUGCUAGUCAUCACAAUGCACUUAUGUCACCACAUGGUAGUGUUAAUAUGUCAGGUAGCGCAAAUACUGGAAAUAAUUCUAUGUCGGCUAAGGAACGUGAGAAAAACAAUGCCUCGCUCAAUGCAUUAAAUUCAUUAUCACAAUUUGGAGCUCUCGGCAUGAGUCCUCAACAGAGUGUGCAAGCAGCUAUGAACGCGUUUGCUAAGAACUCCGCUGCGGCUGAGUUGCUUACUGGUGGCAAAUCAAAGGAUUACAUGCCAUCAGGCAUACUGAGUGAACAUCCGUCCUUGCUGGGAGUACGUUUGCCGCCUGAUACGGAGAUUAUAAAAUACACAUCAUCCAUCGUGGGCCCCAAAAUACCCGGUACUACUACACGUGGUCGUAAAAAGACCAUAUCUGAAGAACAACAACAACUACAACUACAAAAACAAGAACUUGAAACAUCAAAUGCAAUUUCCUCUUUACUUGCAUUUCCAGGUCUCAGCCCAGCGAAACGGGCUAGACUCGAAAUGGAAUACGCAGCAAUGGCAGCAGCAGCGAAUGCAGCGCAACAACAACAGUCUGGUGGUGGAGGCAGCAUGGGCAGUGGCAACUCUAGCGCAGCAGCAGCGGCAGCUGCUGCACUUGGACAUUUAACAGCACCAACUAUAACAGGCACAAGCAACAAUAUUGGACGACUUGAUCAUACAGCACCAACAAGUUCAGCUAGCAGUCGUGAUCCAUCAACUGAUCGUGUAGAAGUUAUAAAAUUGCCGCCUACAAUUACAUCAAAUGGAGCAUAUAAUUUAUCGAAUAAAAGUAAAGACUUACAUGAUAUGAGUAGCGAACUCAGUACUGGUUCUGGUGUCAAUUUAAGCAUGAAAUCGAAUCUAACUGCUAAUAACUCAAUGGCUGGCACUGCGGCCAAUCCCAUAACCAUAGAAGACUUUGACACACCACUGAAUUUGUCAAUGAAACCAGAUAAGCCCAAUUCAUCAAGUAGCAACGAUUUUAGUCAAUCAAGUAGCAUUAAUCAACAAAAUGCUGGUGCUAGUUCAAACAGCUUGCAAAGUUUAAGUUCAAUUACAGCUGCUUUAGGUGGUACACAAACUGGUUCUGGUUCGGGUUCAAUUGGAGCUGGUUCUAGUAAUAGCAGUGAUCGCUCCUCCCAGCCACCAUUCAAGGAAGGCCGUCCGCGUAAUUUGGGCAGAGGUGUAUCAAAACCGAAGAAAAACACUGUAGCUUCGUUAUUAGCACAGUCCAGAGCUGUUGGACUGAAGCCAAUGUUAGCGACGCAGCAGUUACUGCAACAAGGUGCAGAUUUUGAAAAAAUUCGGCAGGCACUUAGUGAUGCAAAUGCUCAAAUGGAAGUGUCUACCGACUCUGAGAGUGUGGCUGCUGAAAGUGGUUUAUCGGAGUCUGAAAGCGAAGAAGCAAAUCUACUUAAUGUCGCUGAGUUACGUGUACCACUUGACUUGGGCUGGAAACGUGAAACAGUAAUACGCGGCCUCACAAAAGCUGGACAAAUACGUGGGGAAGUAGUUUAUUAUGCUCCUGGCAACACUGUGCCAUUAAAGACAAUCGGACAAGUUUUCUCUUACCUGGAGAAAAAUCCCUCAAAAUUAUUACGCGAAAAUUUCAGUUUCUCUGCACGUGCAAUUGUUGGUUCGUUUUUACAGCCAGCACCCCCACCAUAUGCAAACGAUGGCGAGUAUAUACGUAUGUCUGAUGAGGACGUAGCUAAGCGUCUGGAAGAUCUUAAAAUGUUCACAAGACAGACUUUGAAUGUCGAGCAACGCAUUGAGAUUGCGAAGCAGCAACAAGCCAUACGUGAUGCCAAAAAGCAACAAAAGGAAGAAAUGGCACGCAAUAAAGAAAAAGCACGUCAAGAAAAAAAUGAGAAACUAGAGCAACAGCGCAAAGAGAAGGAGUUAAAAAAUCAACAAGCAAUUGAGGCGCGCAAAAAACGUCAGGAAGAACUUGAACGCAUUAAGCAGGAAGAGUUAGCAAAGAAACAGCAGGAAAAAGAAAAGAAACGACAAGAAGCUAUUUUAGCUAAAGAACAGAUCUAUCUGCAGGAACUCAACAAGCAGAAGGAGUUGCUACUAGCCGCUGAAAUGGAUCGUGAGCGUAGACGUCAGCAUGUGGCAUUAAUACGCCAAUUGGAAAUACGUCGUAAAUUUGAAGAACGCGAGAAGAAGAAACAUCAAAUGGUACUGGACCGUUUGAUCUUAAGAGAAAAACGUUUGCAAGCACGUAAACGUGAUGCUGAAAUUUUGGCACACAUAAGAAAACCUCAAGAAGAUUCUGAGAUUGUACAUCCUGCCGAAAUUCCUGAAAUGGAACGUGUUGCUGGUAAUCGUUUACCUGGUCAGGCAAUGGCAGAUUUACUAAUGGUCUUUGAAUUCUUACAUAAUUUUGGAGAAACAUUAGGUUUCGACAUGGAAUCUUUGCCAUCAUUGCAAAAUUUGCAUGAUGCUCUUGUUGCUGAUAGCAAUGUUGAAGCUGAAGAGGAACUACUAUCUGUGAUGACACAUUUAUUGGUGUGUGCCAUUGAAGAUCCUGGUAUACCGAAUCCUGGACGGCAUACAACUUUGCUCGGACAAUCGCUACGUAAUGCUGAUAUUACAAAUUCGAAUGUAUCAGAAAUACUUCGCAUUUAUCUGUAUGCUACAGCCACAGGCGAAAUACGUCAAAUGUUCGGUAUUACAAUGGAUCGUGAGCGUGAACGUCGCAUACCUGAUCAUCAUCAAGUUGAUGCUGAUGCUGUUACACAUUCUGGCAAAAAUCAAGAAUAUUAUAAAUUGUUACAUGAGAAUGAAACAUGGAAAUUAUCGCAUUCGUUGAAAGAUCGACCAUUUGUGGCACUUAAUCCAACACGUAAAGCACAAAUACUUGCGCAUCUUUGUAAUGAUUUACUUAUGAAUAAGGCGGUGCUUAAACAAAUAGACGGCAGCUUAGAGACAUGUGCUCAAAUGCGUAAAGAAAAAUAUAUGACAGAUAUGAAGGUGCGAAAGUAUAAAGCUUUGCAUAUGCGUAAAUCACGUAUUGAAGCUUAUGAGAAAGCUCAGGCUGAACGUGAAGCUGCAAUGUUGGCUGCUGCUGCUCAACAAAAGCUCGAUGCGGAACGCGCUGAAAAAGAUGCUGAAAAUGUGACAACAAAUGCUGCACCUAAAGAUGAUACAGAGGAGGCUAACGAAAUCAAUUCUGUUGAAGUUGAUGAACGCAAUAAUAAUAGUAAAGAUGAAGGCGUUGUUUCAGAAAAAAUGGAUGUAGAUGAAGAGAAUAUACAGAAAAACAAUGUUGCUGAUAUUCCCAAUGACAAGCAUGAUAAAGAUAAAGAUAAAGAAACUAAUGAUGACAUGCAUAUUCCAACUAUAUCGUUAGUGGAUGCGAGUCCAUCCAAAAGUUGUGUUAGUGAUAAUACACCAGUUAAACAAGGUAAGCUUGAGGAUUUAACAAGCUCACCAACAUAUCAAAAUGGUACUUCAAAUGCAACUGCUACCACAACAGAUCUCAAUGCAUUAUUGUCAAAGAAGAACAAUACACGCACGAACAUAAAUGAUGAUGCAUCCACCGAUGUCGGUAUGGACGAUGAUUUAAGUGAUAUGGAGUCUGAAAUUACUAAUGUUGAAGAAGACGAAGACAACAGACUUAGUGCGGAUGAAUUACAAAAGAAACUCGAUAAAAUAAUACGUGCUUCAAUGAACUGUAAAGAGGUAUUGGAGAAAAGUACGAAUCAAUUGCGUGCAGCUUGUUUUGGUCAGGAUCGUUUUUGGCGCAGAUAUUGGAAAUUACCUAAAGCUGGUGGAAUUUUCAUUGAAGCGCUUGAAUCAGCACAAUCUGAUAUUAUGCAAUAUCACGAAAUAAUCGAAGCAGAAAAUGAAGAAAAACAAAGAGAAAUUCAACAAUUUCCUUCGAAUGAAGUACCAGAGCCAGAAAUUAUAAAUGAAAAUGAUGAAAAUACAACGAAUGCUUGCAGUGUAGAAAAUGGUAACGAUGAUAACGAUAUGGAAAUAAUAACUAAAGAUAAUGUUGAAAACAUGGAGACUGAUGAACCCAAAAGCACUGUUGGUCUUGAGGAAGAUGAUGAUGAUGUGAUAGAAACGAAUAAAGUAGAACCAGAAAUUGUUGAUUUAGGUGAUGAUGACGAUGAUGAUGAUGUCACAGAAACACAACCUAAGCUUAACGAGAGUUACAAUAUAUCAAAUGAGAAAUCCGAUGUUAACUCAAUUACUCCGUUGGGUCCUUCUGUUACUACCAAAACUGAUUUUGAAGCAGAGAUUAAAAUUCCUAUUGUACCAACAUUCAAUUCAAGUGAAGAAAACUGUGAUAAAUUAGAAAAUAAUACACUAUCUUCAAGCUCUGCAAUCGAUUCAAAUGUAUGUAAUACUGCUUUAAAGCCAGAGGAUAUUAAAAAAGAGGAAGACUGCAUAAUUGUAUCGACAAGUGAUGGUACCGUCGAUUGUGGUGAAAAGUGGUUCUCUAUUGUUAAUCGUGAAAUGCCUCUUACCACCACAGAACUACAGUGUGAUGAGAGUAUUGCAGAAUUUCAGGCUGCAUAUGCAAAUAUUACUUGUGAUUCUUCCAUACAAAUACAGGGCCAUCGUUGGGAUAUUGCCAAUAAUGCACAAUAUUUCACAAUACCAAUGGACGAUUGUAAAGUUGAUACUACGAAAUUUAUACAAGAGUGUAUACUUUCUUUAUCUGGUCUUGAUGAAACUCAAGUUGAACAAAAAUUGCGUGAAUUUGAAGAGAAAGUAGCGACGGCUUCAAAAAACGGUCUGGGGUCUCCUCGUCAGCGAAUGAAGAGUGAAGAAGCGGCUAGCGGUGAUGAGGAGCAAAAGUACGGAGAAGAGUAUAUAAAAAAAUCUUUAAAAAAUGAAAGUCAUGAUGAAAAGUUUUUUCCCUUUCUUAACGACACAAAAAUGGACAGUGGUGGAGUAGAUGGUGUAGGCCUCGCGGGAGGUGGGAAAGAUAUUCCAAACGAGGAUUUUAAACCAGCUAAAAUUGAAAUUAAGCUAGACGAGGCAAUGAAUAUUUCUCUACAAAAUUUAUCUAACAUGUCAUUGAGCAAUAUCAGCACUUUCGUUCAAUAUGACGUGCCUACCCCUCUCUCAAUGACACCAGAUGAGCAUAAGUUUUUAGAACAAAUAAAAAAUGAGGGGCUUCCCAAAAAACUAACCAAUACUCAUGUACCACAGCAAAACCGAUUCGGUUGGUGGAAAGUAGAUACUGUCGAAAUGUUACGCAAAGUAAUAAACAAUUUAGAUCCUUCAGGUUUAAGAGAACGCGACUUACAAGACAAUUUAAUGCGUUUCUUGGCACAAGAAUUGCCACUGGGACUAACUUGUGAACUUAUCGGAACUGAUAGUAAUAACGUAGAGAUCGAAUAUAUGCCGCCUGAUAAGCCUAAUGAUUGGAAUCCGAAAAUCGCAAAACGUGUAGAAAUAGCUCUGCUCGAACAGCUGGAAGCACUAGAAGAUAAAAUAGCAAGUGCAUCGAUGCAACUUAAAAACUGGCAACUCCCACCGCGUAUUGAAAACGAACUUAAUUUAGAACAGGAAGACAUAACUGAAGAAGAUUUUGUCAGUAUUAUACCGAUGAUACGUGAACGCAUAAUAGAUUUAGAAGCUAAUAUUGAAAGACGCUAUCUGAAACCACCGUUGGGUUCACAAACUGGUGAUGCGCAUUUAGCUGCCAUAGCACAAACUCAACAAACAACGACACAAACACAAAAUUCAGCUUCAGCAGCAGCUUUUCUGCUACAAAUGCAACAACAAGCUGCAUCACAACAGCUACUUAAUAUGCAACAACAGCAAUCACAAAAUACUAUCAGUGCAUCCGCAUUUAAUGAGCGAGCUAUGGCCAUUGCAGCUGCCAAUGCGGCUGCAGCUACACAAAAUACUCUAGAUAGUAACAUGUCAACUAAUGAGAAUAAUUCUGGUGGCAAUUCACCAGAUAGCAAUUGUGACAGUGAUAGGGAUGAGAAGGUGGAAAAUAUACCAAAAGGCUUAGUUUCCUGGCGAGAUGCGGUAUCACGUUCACAUACAACCGCACAAUUAGCUAUGGCACUAUACGUGCUAGAAUCAUGUGUGGCUUGGGAUAAGAGCAUCAUGAAAGCGCAAAAACAGAAAAAAUCUAAAAAAGAAAAAAAAUCAAAAUCAAAAGAAAACGCAACCAGUAAGAAAAAGCAAUCAAAAAAAACAAACAAAGUAGUAGAUACACCCACUGUCGUUAAGAGUCCGAAAAGUAGUAAGAAGACUGAAAAAAAGACUCCUAAUCAAAAUAUAUGUGCAUCCCCCAAGCUAUCACCGAUACCAAUAGCUAAGAGUCCGAAAACUUUGACCACACCUAAGACACCAAAAAAGAAAGCUAAAAAGAAAGUGAAAACAAAUAAAAAUAAAUCCAAAUCAAAGUCAAAAACGAAAACAAAAUCAAAAAGCAAAAGCAAAAGUAAAAGCAAAAAGGAUUUAGAAAACACUACAGACACCGAAAGUGAGAUUGAGUCAUCUUCAUCUACAGAUAACUCUAAUGAUGAACUACCAACAGAUGUUGAUGAUAAUCAAGAUGAUCUUUCAAAUAAUUCAUUAACAAAAACCAAAUGUCAAAAGCCUGUAACAAAGACUUCAACACCAAAAAAAUCUAAAAAACUUAGUAACAACUUAAAAAACGUUACCGCUGCUUUAGUGGUCUGUGAGGGUAAUGAUAAUACUCCUACAACAAUUAAAAUCAAUUUUAAAUCCAAUUCCUCUAAAAAUUCUUUUGAUACUAGUACACCCAAAAAUAAAGUCCCAAAUACGAACCAAAUACCCAACACAUCCAAUACAUCCAAACCGUACAAAAAGUUCACUAAGACAACAACAACGACAAAAACUGCUACUACAACAAUAGAAACAAUCGAAACAACAACAACUACAGAUAAUAUAGGUACAAGUACAACAACAACUUCAAAAUAUUCGAAUUCCUUACAGAAUUGCCAGUUCUGCACAUCUGGCGAAAAUGAAGAUAAAUUAUUACUGUGCGAUGGUUGCGAUAAAGGCUACCACACCUAUUGCUUCAAGCCUAAAAUGGAAAAUAUACCCGAUGGAGAUUGGUACUGUUAUGAAUGUGUUAAUAAAGCUACUAAUGAACGUAAAUGCAUAGUUUGUGGUGGACAUCGUACAGCGCCUGUAGGAAAAAUGAUUUACUGCGAUCUAUGUCCUCGUGCCUAUCACUCAGAUUGUUACAUUCCACCUUUACUAAAAGUACCACGCGGUAAAUGGUAUUGCCAUGGUUGUAUAUCAAAAGCACCGCCACCAAAAAAACGCACUAGCAGCAGUAAACCACGUAGAGAUCGAGAUUCGUCUUCCUCAUCUUCAUCUAAAAAACGUGACAAACAUGGCGUGAAUACAAUUGGUGACCAACACAAUACGACAGCAGAACAUAAUUUGCAAAAUUCGUCACAGCAAUCAUUAAAUUCAUCACAUGAUGAAUCGAUGGCUUCACUUCCAGCUCCUUUGAGCCCAGCGCAUUCCAUUGCUUCCACCUCGUUUGAAGAUCAUCACAACAAUUCAAUUGACGGUACUAGAUUUCAAUCACAAAUAACAAAUCGUCCACAAAGUCCCUUAGCAAAUAACGAUUAUGGCGAUGUUAGUAUGGAAGAUAUAUCAGUACAUCAGCAAUCGUCUCUGCUACAGGCCUACAAUACUGUAACACCUCAUCAACCACAAAUACAUCAAACACUUCAACAACAACAACAACAACAACAACAACAGCAGCAGCAGCAAAUUGUACAACAAGUCGCACCAACAUCACCAUCAUUACUACAACAAACAAAUAAUUUUGUUAAUCUUGGUGCAACAAAUCAUCAAACACAUUUAGAUCCACAGUUACAGUCACAGUCACAGUCACAAAUGCCGUUAACAGUAUCACAAACUCAAAUACCAUACGCAAUCCCUCCAUCCUCACCGCAUUCUAUACAUCCACCACCGCCGAUGGUGAUGCCAAGCAUGCAAUCACUUAUACAACCACCAACUACUCUUUUACCAGCAAAUUCGCCACAACAUGUAACAUUUCCAUCACCACGUGCCACAACUCCAACACAUCACAUGCAACAGCAUUCACCACAACAUCAACUUCAACCGUCACCACGUCCAAUAACACCACCAAAUCUAGGUCAGAUAACGGGUCCGCCUCCACCAAUCAAUAUACACGCAGUUCAAGAAGCUAAAGAAAAACUAAAGCAAGAGAAGAAAGAGAAACACGCUACCAAGAAGCUGAUGAAAGAGCUUGCUGUAUGCAAAACCUUGCUAGGUGAAAUGGAGCUACAUGAAGACUCUUGGCCAUUUUUAUUACCUGUAAAUACUAAACAAUUUCCAACCUAUCGCAAGAUUAUAAAAACUCCAAUGGAUUUAUCUACCAUCAAAAAGAAACUUCAAGAUUUAAUUUAUAAAUGUCGUGAAGACUUCUGCGUUGAUGUACGUCAAAUUUUCGACAAUUGCGAACUGUUCAAUGAGGAUGACUCUCCCGUAGGUAAAGCCGGCCAUGGCAUGCGUAAAUUCUUUGAAAUGCGUUGGACAGAGUUGACUGACAAACAUUCAUGAUAUCAAAUACAUCACUAUAAGUAUUCGACAAGUGAUUAAUUAAAAAUGUAGCUACGUGCGAGUAUUUUAUUUUUAUAAUUCCUUUAAAAAAAAUGUUUUAUA